CGUAUCGCCGCACGCGCGGUGCUCCGUAAGCGGCGGCGGGGCCGGGCCGAUGCUGGCGCUGCGCUGGGGGCUGCGCGCCGCGAGCGGAGGGUUCCGACCGCGGAACGAGCUGCUCGCCAUGGCGAAGAGGCCGAGCGGGGCCGGCGAGGGACCGGAGGAGAACGGGCAGCAGGGCAAGAGGCUGAAGGGAGCCGCGGGUGAAGGGGAUGCGGAGGAGCAGAAUAAAAGGACGCCCAAAAGGAAGAUUGUGUUGUUGAUGGCGUACUCGGGGAAAGGCUACCACGGCAUGCAGAGAAAUCUGGGCUCUUCACAGUUCAAGACCAUCGAAGAUGAUUUGGUGUCUGCCCUCGUGCAGUCCGGCUGCAUCCCAGAAAACCACGGCGAAGACAUGAAGAAGAUGUCGUUCCAGCGGUGUGCUCGGACAGAUAAGGGUGUGUCUGCAGCUGGACAGAUUGUGUCGCUAAAGGUCAGGCUAAUAGAUGACAUCUUAGAAAAGAUCAAUAACCAUCUUCCUUCUCAUAUCAGAAUUCUGGGGCUGAAGAGAGUCACUGGGGGAUUCAACUCCAAGAACAAAUGUGAUGCCAGAACCUACGCCUACAUGCUGCCGACGUUUGCCUUUGCCCAUAAAGACCACGAUGUGCAGGAAGAGGCGUAUCGACUCAGCAAAGAGACCCUUGAGAAAGUCAACAGCCUGCUUGCUUGCUAUAAAGGAACACACAACUUCCACAACUUCACUUCUCAGAAGGGACCCAAGGACCCCAGCGCCAGGAGAUACAUAAUGGAGAUGUACUGCGGGGAGCCCUUUGUGCGGGAAAACAUAGAAUUUGCAGUGAUCAAAGUGAAAGGGCAGAGCUUCAUGAUGCACCAGAUAAGGAAAAUGAUUGGACUGGUGAUAGCUAUUGUGAAAGGUUAUGCUCCUGAGUCUGUUAUAGAGCGCAGCUGGGGAGAGGAGAAAGUGGAUGUCCCCAAAGCUCCUGGGCUUGGUCUGGUCUUGGAAAGAGUACACUUUGAAAAAUACAACAGACGUUUUGGAAAUGAUGGGCUGCACGAGCCGCUGGAGUGGAAGGAGGAGGAGGAGAAGAUCGCUGUUUUCAAAGAGCAGUAUAUCUAUCCUACCAUUAUUAACACAGAAAGGGAGGAGAAGUCCAUGAUGAGCUGGCUAAGCACCCUCUCCAUUCAUGACUUCAACUCCUCUGCUGCUGAGAUGGAAGCUAACAAGAAAAAUUCAAAGAACAGUGAUGUUGAAUGCAGUGAUGGUUGUGACGGUGAUUCUGACUGAGUCCAUGCGUGGUUGGACCUGGUACCCAUACUGCUCACAGCUCUGUCUACAGAAAAGUGGCCUUCCUGAUCUGAGAAUCCAGUAAAGCAGGGGAUUACGUACUUACAGAACAAGAUGCCCAGGAGAAAAUGA